UACGUCAUUACGUCACAAGUCACAACAAAAAAGGGCACCGCAGUUUCUGACUUCUUGAUUUCUAUUAAAUUUAUUAGAAAAUCUCUUUGUUAUGUAGCAAAUAUUACUUAUUCUUUGUAGGAAAACAUUAUUUAUUAGUUAAUGAAUAUGUCUGCUGACAAUAUCAUUUUAAAUUCUUGUCAAUAUACUCCGGUAUACUUCAUUGAAAAUCCUGGUGUGAGUCAGGCGAGAUCCUACUAUUUAGCCCCAAACAUCCAAAAUGCGGAGAAACCUGUAAGCGAAAGCCUAAAAAGAUUUUACGAAAAUAGCGGUAAAUUGGAGUCUAACCUAAGCACCACCCAUAUAGCAACCAAACCGAAAAAUGUAAAGAAAGUCGACACCAAUGUCGUGGGAAACAACCUGAAGCUUGCUAGUUUUCUUUUACCAAAAAGUGAAACCAAACCUGAGCCCUGUCCACCUACAAUAACCCCAGUAAACAAUGUAUUAUUAAAACCAGUGUAUAUUUCAAACAAUCGCAAUGUAAAUAACAUAAACAAUGCAAACACAGUACCUAAAAUAGAUGUAAACAGUAGACUUGUUAAACUCAAGGAUCUACCAGACAUUGUAAGAUCUCAGAAUGGGAGAAUUUUGCCAAAGAUGAUCAAACCAAAAGAAAGCUCACCUUCAAGUAAACUGAAACAGACAACUGUGCAGGCUGUUCAGCCUGUGCAACCUGUGCCACCAGUGCAGCCUAUGCAGCCGAUGCCAGUGCAAUUGGUCAAGUUUGGUGAGACAUACCACAGUCUUAAUCAACUAAGCGAUGACCAGAUGUUAAUAGUGAACCAUGCAUUGAAAAUGUUCAAUAACACUCAGCCAACACCGGAGGCCGCAUACGACCCGGCCACUAACACCAAGUUUAUUUAUAAAGUUGUUUCACAAAAGGAUUUUGUGGAAAGGAACAAAGUAAAUAUACCAGUUACUACAGAAAUAAAGAAGGAACCUGUUCAAGUAGAAAUCAUUGAAGAGGACUAUCCACAACUAGAUGAGGAUGAACUUAAAAUGCUUGAAGCAAAAGUAACACGUAGUGGCCGAGUAGUGAAGUUACCAAAAAACAUAAUUCUCGAUGACUCUCCUACCAAAUCUAAGAGAAAAGCCAAUUCAGUAGCGACCUGUCUUCAAUGCCAAGUUAAAUUCGGCAGCCCACAACGUCUCCAAAGGCACUAUGAGAACCAUCCGACACACAUACAGACAAAUCUGCACAACAACCUGUUCCAUUGUCUCAUAGCUAUUGUGACAGCUGGCCCUGAAAGUAAACGAGCUGCUAUCAUGCUACAGCAGCUAGAACAACUGAUCGUGAAGUUGAGAUCAUGUGUACCGUGCUUGUUGAAAUGUGACGGGGUAAAGGAGAAUUUUGGUGUGAUAGGUGAUGAACUUAGCAGGUUAUUUGGAAUAAGUCCUGGUAAAUAUAAUUUCAACAUGGACUCGCUCAGUUGUGAAAAAGACAAAGAUGGCUACUGUGAUCAUAACCCACGACCACAGAUUAGUGUAACAGACAACGUAAAACCUCAAACAACGCUAGAAAACAUUGAUAAUAAUGUAAUUAAGCCACCUAGUAAAGUUCUGAAAGUCAACUUUCAAGACCGCAGACCAAAAAUUCUAAGAAAAGUGGAAUGUAGGAAGCAAAAGCUAGAACAAAGUAGUCAUAAUGUCAAGGGUAAGAAAAUGAAGCUCUCACACAAUACAUCUAUAGAUAAAACUAGUAAUAGUACAGAAAUAGAUGAUUUAGUUGCUCUUUUAAGUGAUACAAAGACUGAAAAUAAUAUAACAAAAGUAAUAGAUGAAGUAACGUUAAAUGAACAAAGGGAAGUAAAACCAGAAACAGUUCCUGAGAAAGUAGAAAAAGUAAUAAAACCGCCUCACAUCCAAUUUCACAGCUCACAUUUCGAUAUCAGAUCGUCUCCUAUUAAAUCAACUUCAACGGUUUUUAGAAAAUUCCAAAUAAACCCUGAAAAGAUGACGAAAUAUAUCGAAGUUAUACGACCUUUGCAACUAAACCAAUUAGAACAAGGUGUUAAAGUUGAAAACAAUGCAAAUAGUGUAAACAAUGUUGGCGCAAAUGCAGUUUUCAGUGAUACUAAUAUAAUUACUAGUAAAGAAUCUGAAAAUUUUAAUUACACUAGCAAAAAUUGGUGUGAAGAACCUUCAAAUUUUAUGAAAUCUAAUGAUUUAAUAAAUGGAGACACAGAUAGCUUCAUAGACUCAAAUGCUGUUAUAAAGCCUACAUUAUUGCAUGUUCAAAAUGGUGCCCAAAGUACUAACGAUGUUACUAAUGAAUCAGUAUUAAAUCAUGUUAAAAACGACACGGAAAUAAUGAAUAAAGUUGAUGACUUGACUGAUUUUAUAAAAUCAAACAUGUUUGCAAAAGAAUUAGCACAUGACGAAAAUGACACCCAAUUAAAUCAAGACAACUCUAAUACGCCGGAUUUUAUAAAAGAAUUAAUAAGUAUCGAUAGAUGUCAUCAAGAAAAUAAUGUUAAUAAUCAGACAUAUUUUAUGAAAUCUAACAUUUUAAUAGAACCUCUACUUGCUCAAAAUAACCAUGAACUAACAAAUACAACUGACCAUACUAAUAAAGAUUUCAAAUCUGAUAUCUUAAUUGAUCAAACAUUAUUAAAUGAUCAAAAUUGUAAAUUAGGUGAUAUUGAUAGAAAUGAUUACAACCUUUUAAUAGAACCAUCUUUAAUGCAUAGUCAAGAUGCAAAAAUGGACAUUGAUGAUAACAGACAUAAUUAUAUUACAACAAAUGAUUAUAUAAAUCCAACUUUGCAACACAGUCUUGUAAAUAGUAUAACGAAUGUUGCCGGCAACGACAUGGACGAUAACACAAAUCAAGGGCAAUCUAUAAUAAGCUUCUUGGAGUCUUUGGGCAAUGAGUUAGCUUAUACAGAGACUGAUAGAAAUAACCCUGUGGAUUUCCAGUUAGAUUUAUUUUCAUUCAACAACUCAUAGGUUAAUUUCAUUUUUUAAUACUAAUUAGAACAAUUUGAUUUACACUUUUUACAAAAUGUAUUUGUUAUUAUAGAUUUAUAUGUGUCA